GGUUCACGCCGAUCUAUCGUCUAUCUUCCCACUGUACCGUCGUUCCGGUCCCACGCGCAGGACGACUAGAUGGAAGCAGAUGCCACCACCUCCCCCAAUCCGCCGGCGCCGGCGCCGGACGAAGCCUUACCAGAGGAUCCCUCGCCGUUGAGUUCCUCCUCCUCCUCUUCUGCGCCCGCCACCGUUGCUACGGCGGCGCCUCCCGAGGCGAGGAAGGUGGCGGCGGCGAUGGAAGCAGUGGAGCGAGACGCCGUCGCCAUCGCCGAGAGCUAUGCCUCCCUAUUCGCCUCCCUCCGCAUCGCACUCUCCAACGUUACCUCCACGUCGGCGGAGAACAUGGAGUGCCUGGGCGAAGUCGUCGGCCGUCUCCAGGAAUCAGCACUGGAAGCGUCUUCCAAAGGAAAUAAGUACAUCCAUUCAUGCCUAAGGCUAAAUGAGGAAAUGCGAGGCUUGGAAAGCCUAAGUAUUCAGCUCAAGAUUAUGCGGAAGAACAUUGAUUCACUAGACCUGGCUGUUGAUCGCCUGCUCCACCUCCCCUAGUCUGUCGAUAUUGCCGGGUACCUUAUACAAGGAAGCUAGGAACUUCCGGUGAAAUUUAUUCAGCAAGUAGCUGCCACUCUUUUCGGAGGCAACCAAUUACUGUCACUCUAAAGGACCCUUCCACGGCAAGCAAAGGAGAAGGUCUCCCCUUCCACAGCAUGUUGAACCCUCCCCCCCCCCCCCCCCCUCCCCCCCCCAACUCUUUGCUUUAUUACACUUACGUGUGUUUGGCAACAAUGUUAUGCAUUUGUUAAGAAAUAACAACUUGCAACUGUCCUAUCCUUUCCCUUCUUUUGAUGUCUCAAUAUUUGUAGAGUGGGUCAUUCGACCUUAUGGUAGCACAAGUUUGUCAUUCUCUGUAAGAGGAAAUAAGUGAAAUAAAGAUUUUUCAUUUGUACUGUUA